CCUUAACAUUUUUGAUACAUGUUCUUUAAAAAGCCACUUGUUGGGUUAAAAAGAAAGACAGAGAAAGAAAAGAGCUUGUUCGCUUCCAGUAGAAGCCUGCCUGUCAUAACAUCAAUUAACACACCAAUCUCACCGUUCUGAAAGGGAGGGGGUCGACGCUCGAUAUGAAGACCGACUCGUUUGACUAGAAGCAAUACGAUCAAUAGGCGUUACAAAAACGGUUAGCAAGUAAAGAAUGCGCUCUACGGACAUAGUUUUACGCACGGAAGGAGACAGACACGCGCGAGAUGUUGUCUGAAAUGUGGCAGAAUUCAUCGGGCGAGUUGCAUCCCCUUUAACGCCGCUUUAAUUGACUUGUGUAUCGGUGCGCUUCGUGUCGCCAUCCUCCGCCAGUUCCGUAGUUCCGUUCUCGAUCUCACCGGAGAAUCACAUCAGAACGCCGCCGGUGGGCGAGUCUGGGUGUGUUUGUCUGACCGUGCGCGCGUGCGUCUCAGGAAAGCACGCAUGAAAUCAGCGCGAUGAAAAGGAGUUAAAAUGCAGGAAAAUCGAUUAUCGUCACAUUUUGAUCACUAGACACUUGUUUAUUGCGCUUGGAGGAGGACUGAAGCAUGAAGAAACAUCACAGUCCCGCGAAGGUACCACUGGAAGACACUGUGCCAGACAACGAGGCGACUGUACAACAGCUCAACAAGCUGCUGUCCAACGGCAGCGGCUUCUACAGUCUGCCAGCACAACAUUUCAACGAGGUGUUUCCCAGGAUUUACAUUGGCAAUGCGUUUGUGGCCCAGAAUGUGAUGCGUCUACAGCGGCUGGGUGUGACACACAUACUAAAUGUUGCUGAAGGAAACUCAUUCAUGCACGUGAACACCAACACAGAGUUCUAUGCAGGAACUGGGAUUACGUACCAUGGCAUAAAGGCCAAUGACACUGAGCAGUUCAACAUCAGUGCCUUCUUUGAGGAAGCAGGAGACUUCAUCGAUAAAGCUCUGGCACAUGGAAAAGGAAAGAUUUAUGUUCACUGCCGUGAGGGCUACAGCCGUUCGCCCACAAUUGUCAUAGCUUACCUCAUGCUGCGUCACAAUAUGGACGUACGAGUUGCCACAGCUACAGUAAGGCACAAGAGAGAGAUUGGCCCCAAUGAUGGAUUCCUGUGUCAGCUAUGCCAACUCAAUGAAAAGCUGGCCAAGGAGGGCAAGUUGAAGACCAAAUGAUAGAAUGCCUCCAUGCGCUCUACCCCUCCAAAGAGAGAAUUGUUUCUGUAGAUACACACACAAAUGCAGGUGCACAUGGUCAAAACGAGUGUGCACAUGCAAUAUUUCCCCAAGAGACUGUCCUAGUGUAAUAAAUAUAUGUGCAUAAAGGUAUGAUCAAAUGAGCAUAUGCAUGGAGGUAUACAUUGUAUUCUAACACACAAACACACCCAAAGUGUUGUCAGUGUCCUAAAUAAUUACUCCUGCAUCCAGCUGGCUGGUAAAGGGAAAUCUACUGGCAUAUCUGAAUAAUUAAUGUUCCCAUGAUAAUUAUUGACAAUUUCUCACUAGGUACACCUUGUAGCUUAAAGCAUUCCAAUAGCCAACUGUUUGUAUAUUUUACAGAUUCUACUUUUGGAGCAUAACAGCCCAACAGUCAUCUAUAAAGAUUGUAGAGUAGAGCACAAUAAUUCAGUGGGCUUGUAUUGCCAGAAAUAUUACAAAUGUUGAUCCCAUUCCUAUUUGUAUGUGGAGGGAUAUGAUAUUUAGGUAAAGCAUGGAAAUGUACCUUUUACAACCCAUUUUAAGAAACCUAUAGCCAGAUUUUGAUGGCUUUACAGCAUUUUAAAUCAGGACUAAACAGAACUUGUUUGACAGUAAAUGCAAACAACCCAUUCACUCACUAAAAAAGGAAGAAGAGGUAAAUUAACAUUCCAUGUUGUACCGAUACAAUCAACAAGAUAUAUCUUUGCAACUAGCCAUCCACAUGUUGUAGCUCUGAUUCAACAGACUCUACAAACAGGUUCAACCCGGUUAUAUGCAUCAGCCAUAAAGCAUCAGCCCUAUUAGAUCUCUUUUCUCUUGAAUCAUAUGGUCUUGCCACUGUCUCUCACUGCCAGUCUCAUGCCACACAUCAGUGUAUUACUGCAUGAUAAUAAAGCACACAAAGUAAAAGAAGAAAAAGAAAGUGCUAAAAAAAUGCACACUGUUUCUCCUAAUUAUAUGUAGGGGAAGUGACCCAAUUAAGCCCACCCAAAUCUAAGUUUUACAUGUUUUCUAAUAGAAAUAUUAACAGCCUUCCAAUAAAGUGAGUUUUAAAUCAAAGAUUAAUCUCUCAUUUAAACACUCAUGUUAUGCUCUGUCAUAAACUGGCAAAUUAAUUUACUUUAUUUAAUUGCAAAUGUGAAAAGUCUGGAGUGGGCUUAAAAGGAACAUGUGUACCAUUUAAGCCUACAUAUGUUCUUAAUAAGCCCACUAUGCUUUUAAAAAUUUAAAUGCUUCACAUUUUACUAAAUAAAUACCUCAAUGUUGAUUUAUUUUUUUUAGAUUUAGAACUCAAACAUCAUAACCAGUUAAUGAAAUACUUAAUUUCUGAAUCUGACAGUGCUUAUUUUUUUAUUUUUCUCUGCCUGUUCAUUUUCUCCCUGCAAUGAAAAUAGAUUCAAUAUGUAGAGUUGACAAGGAUUUUAGUUUAAUAUGAGGUUCAAUGGGUUAUUUGCUCAGUGGGCUUAUUAGGAACAAUAGGGGUCAAGGUAAACAUAAUUUUCUUUUUUUCAUGAAUAAAAAAACACUAUAUUUUACAAUGUAGAGCAUGUUUGAUGUUUAAACAAAUAAUAUAAUUAUUCUUCUUUUAAGCUUUGAGCAAACAGGCUUUUCAAAGGCACUGUUCCUUAUAAGCUCACUUGAAAAGAAAGUUAUAAUUCUGGUUUAUUAUUACAGACAGAGCACUAAAUCUUGUUUGAGCUCAAGAAGCUUCUUAAAUAUUUUAAUAUAAUGUGGUUAUCAGCAGUUUUUAUUCUUUUUUUAUGUUUUAUUUUUAUUUUACUGCAUCUAUGUUUGUGAGCAUCACUGAGGCAGUGUCCUGCACUAGCUCCAGAUACUCAUCAAAUCCAUCUUUUCAAAUACAAAGUAUUACUGUUAAAUACAAAGAAAAUAAAUAAUAUCAAGUAUCAAUUGAUUUAUUAAUCUCUUAAUUUUACAUAUUUUGUCAUUCCUUGCCCGGUUUGUUCAUCUGACUCCAGAUUUUUUUUGAAAGUUUUGAAACAACUUCCAAAAUGGCCACCGAACACUGGUAGCACAUGUUCCUAAAUAACUCAAGAACGAAACAUUUGAUUGGCUCCAAAUAAAAAAGUGAAAUGAUACCAAUAAAUGUGUGCAUUUUCUCUGCAACAACAAUUUUUUCUUUUGCUUUCUGUCUUGUUUAUAUUUCAAAAUAAAACAGUAAGUGGGCUUAUAUGGUAU